UGGGUGGAGCUUCAGAUGAGUGUCUUGCUCCUUGACGUUUGUUCCGAUGCAAUGUGUGUACGAGUUUGAUGGAUGUGGAACUUUGUUUUUUUUUCCGAGGAGAAAGUGAGCUCGGAUUAACCUCAGAAGAAUACCCAGCAAAGCCGAAAAUUGUUUGUUACAGUCCGAGCGCCUGUGUUUCGCGAACUGUCAGUUCUUUUUAACAGGCAAAGAUGUACCGUUUGCAGAUGUUGGCGGCGGUCACGGUCGGGGUGGCCCAGCAUACCCGCCGUUUUCAUGGCAGCGUGCGUGCCCCACAUCAGCGCCGGCUGCUGCUGGCUGCCAUGGCUGGAGUGACGGGUGCUUCUACUGCUACGGCCCUGUUCUGGACCAGGGCACACGCAGAGGCAGGCUCUUCCGCGAAGCUGGAAGAGAAGCUGCGGGAGGAGGGAUCUCUGCACAGCAUGGAGGCGGAGUCCGACAGCACAGUGGAGUCCAGCAGUGGUGGCGAGGAAGAGGAGGAGGAAGCGGGCUCGGAGGGGAAGAAGAAGAAGCAGAGAAUCGGCUUCCGUGACCGCAAGGUGAUGGAGUACGAAAACCGCAUCCGGGCCUACUCCACCCCAGACAAGAUCUUCCGCUACUUUGCUACGCUGAAGAUCAUCAACGAGCAUGGCGAGGCUGAGGUAUACAUGACGCCGCAGGAUUUCAUCCGCUCCAUCACGCCCAACGAGAAGCAGCCAGAGAACUUGGGUUUGGACCAGUUUGUCGUGAAGCGAUAUGAUGGGAAGGACUUCUGGCAGCAGACGGAGAAGAUUUCUCAGGAGCGGGAGAAGUUUGCCGAUGAGGACAGCAUCUUCUACACCCUUGGCGAAUGCGGCCUCAUCUCCUUCUCCGACUACAUAUUCCUCACGACCGUCCUUUCCACACCUCAGAGGAACUUCGAAAUCGCCUUCAAGAUGUUCGACCUGAACGGGGACGGGGAGGUGGACCUGGAGGAAUUUGAGCAGGUGCAGAGCAUCAUCCGUUCACAGACGAGCAUGGGCAUGCGGCACCGCGACCGCUCCACCACAGGCAAUACCCUGCGCACGGUGGGCUGCAGCUCCGCUCUCACCACCUACUUCUUCGGUGCUGACCUGAAGGGAAAGCUCACCAUCGGCAGCUUCCUGGAGUUCCAGCGCAAGCUGCAGCAUGACGUGCUCAAGUUGGAGUUUGAGAGGAACGACCCCGUGGGCGGCAGGAUCUCGGAGCGGCAGUUUGGGGGCAUGCUUCUGGCCUACAGCGGCGUCCAGUCCCGCAAACUCAAACAGAUGCAGAAAGGCCUGAAGAAGAUGUUCAAAGAUGCUCAGGGCAUCUCCUUUGAAGAGCUGGAGAACUUUUUCACCUUUCUGAAGAACGUGAACGACGUGGACACGGCUCUGAGCUUCUACCACAUGGCAGGCGCCUCCAUAGACAAAGCCACUAUGAAGCAAGUGGCCCGUACAGUAGCCAAGGUGGAGCUCUCGGACCACGUGUGCGACGUGGUGUUCGCCUUGUUCGACUGCGACGGCAAUGGCGAGCUGAGCAACAAGGAGUUCAUCGCGAUUAUGAAGCAGCGACUGAUGCGGGGCCUGGAGAAACCCAAGGAUAUGGGCUUCACGCGCCUGGUACGGGCCAUGUGGAAGUGCGCCCAGGACACGGCCUGGGACUUCGCCAUGCCCAAACAGCAGUAGCACCCAGUGAGAGAUGACGCAAGCCCCGCCUCCCCCCCCGCCUGGAGUUAAUCAUUAAGGGAUGAACUCUUGAAGCUCCCAUAAGCCUGAUCAGUGACGCAUGUGUGCUCUAGUGGCAAGUCCUGCCCUGCGAGGAAACUGCUGAAGCAUGUUACUCUGCGCAAGUCUGUUUUUAAACACUACACCUCAACCACACAUACCAUACUUCUCAUUAAAUUACCUUAUUGUUGGAUUUUGGUAUAGAUGAAGUCGUUUAAGAACUGACCAAAUUGUGGGAAAUUUGGCAUGCAUCACCAAGAUCAAUAUUGAUAUACAGUCAACAGUAGUACAUGCACUGGAGUUUAACAUUUAAACAGCAAUGUCAUUCCUUCGCAAAGGCCCAUCAGAGCUCACGAUUCUCUCCUCUUGCAUAUCGGACAUGAUUUAGUACUUCUGUGACAAGAUGAAAGAAGGCUCUCUGUACUACAGCACAAAACUGAGAACGGGACUCUGCAAAGAACAGGCCAAAGCCUACUAUUAAUGUGCUUCAGCACCCCAUCCUACCCCCCUCCCCCCCCCCCCCCCUCAAGUAAUCCUGCAAGUCUUCUGUAUUGUAUACAUUUGAAUGUUUUAUCAGAUGAGUAUGUAAGAGUGAACAAGUGGGUUACAAUUAAAACAGAUUUUUGCAAGACUUGGA